UGAGGAGCUACGCAGAUCGCUUUUCUGUUCUGGCUCAGUAACGUCGACUGCAGAACUGAGAACACGAUCAUUUAUUUACAGGCUGCAUCGUCCAGAUGCAUAUCAAGGACGAACCAGACCGGCGUUGGUGAUGAAAUAUCCCCCAGACUCCGUUCUCUCGUCGUUCAGCACAAUGAGCUGUUCAUUUCCUGCGCCCGAGGUGGAUUUGAUAGAGCAAUGGUGCGCCAGUCACAACACCGGACUGCUGGUUUCAUCUUAAUUUGGCAUCUAUCGUAAAGACAAGAUGAACAGCAUACGGUACAAAGCAGCGACUGUCAAGUGGUGGAACUAUUCUGUCGCGCGCUGUGACCAUGCACGUAUGUGCCGCGUGCGAUUACUGCUGCUGUGCUUGUGCGUGCUGGUGGCAAUUACAUUAACACUGGCAGUAUCACUGUCUAACUACCAGACGGUGGAUUUGGAUUUUCCUCCCAAACCUCCCGACCUAUUCAAAGACAAGCUGAAACACCAGCCAGGUAAACCCACUGUUGCCCAGGUAAAGCGGCUUGUCGCGCAGGUGAACCGGGAAAGACUGUGGUAUUCCCAUCUGCGACCCAUUCUCACUGAACGCCAGCCAGGAAGUCGUGGGAGUCAGGCUGUUCGAAAACACAUCUUUUCUCAACUGGAUUCUCUUACGGCGGGCUGGUCUGUAGAAGUGGACUCCUUCAUCUCCGAGACCCCUCAUGGCCCUGUUAGCUUCACUAACGUCCUGGCCGUGUUAGACCCAAUGGCUCCUCGCCGAUUGCUUCUGGCUUGUCACUAUGACUCCAAAUUUAUACCUUCAGAUCCUAGUGACCCACGGAAGGUGUUUGUGGGUGCCAGUGAUUCAGCUGUGCCUUGUGCUAUGAUGCUGGAACUGGUCACAGCUUUGGAUCCACACCUCAGAAAGCACAAGCAGCUGCAGAUUUUUUUGAAGGUUUCCAGGGUGACCCUGCAGUUGGUCUUCUUUGAUGGAGGUGAAGCUUUUGAGCAGUGGUCUCAGACGGACUCACUAUAUGGUUCACGGCACCUCGCAGACUCCAUGUCCCGCAUUCCACACCCGCCGGGUUCUGAACAAACCACACUGUUGAAUGCUGUGGAUCUGCUUGUUCUUUUGGACCUCAUUGGGGCCCCUGAUCCGAUGUUUGUGAAUCACUUUGAGAACACAGCUCGCUGGUUUGACCGCCUUAUCGCUGCUGAGAAGAGACUCCAUAAUUUGGGGCUCCUGUCUUCCCAUCCCAAAGAGCAAACAUAUUUCAUGAAGGAUGUGAAUAUGGGGCCAGUUGAAGAUGAUCAUAUUCCUUUCCUUCAGAGAGGAGUUCCAGUGCUGCACAUAAUUGCUACGCCAUUCCCUUCCUUCCUGCACACGAUGGAUGACACAGUGGACAAAGUUCACAGUCACACUGUGGAGAAUCUCACCAAAGUCCUUGUGGUAUUCCUGGCUGAAUAUCUGCGGCUCUAGGAUGCUGUAAUAUUACAUCCAACCACAUCCGUCGUGGAUUGGUCUAUACCUCAGCUGCACUGCUUUAGGAUAUCUGAUAUCAGUGACUGUUCUCAGAGAUGCAUAAAGUACUGUAUGUUCUCAGGCUGCCAUCCCAUAUCCUGACAUACGCUUACCUUUUGACUUUCUGACAUGUUAGUCUAUCGGUAUAGUGCCUUCAGAUAGUUUUGCUAUUUAGUAAUGCACUGUAUAGACAAAAUAUAUUAUUAUUAUCUGUGCCGAAAAAGGUUUACAUAAGUUUAGUCAUCUAUUCGAUAACUGCAUUAAAAUUAAUAGAAUACAAAGUAGAUACUUUAAGCUCAGGAAUGGAUGUAAACCUGAUACAUAACCUGACUUAUAAGAGAUUAUUAAACUAUGCACUAGAGUGAAGCUCUAUAAUGCUCACAAUCUCACAAUAAUUUAAUCUAACAAUAAAUUUCUCAAAUGUAGUCUGUAGUCUCUAGUAGCUAAAUGUUCAAUUAUACAUUAGUCUAGAUCAGGGAUCCUUAAAUCUGGCCCACGAAAUCCACUUUCCUACAGAGUUUAGCUCUAACCCUAAUCAAACAGUCCGUGAUUUCACCAAGUACAACAUGUUCCUGGGACAAGGAACAACAUUCCUAUCAACCAAUCAGAACUGAGGGAUAGCUUUUCAGGAACUAUCUGUUUUAGGUAUAUGGUCGGGUUCGGUGCUUCUACACCCCUGUUAAUCAGAUGGUUAGGGUU